AUUCUCUUCCCCUCUGGAGAUUUCUUCAUUAAGAAAAGAUUAGAGAAGUUGGUUUCUUAGGCCUUUGUGAUGCUCACAUUUGAGAACCGCCCAAACUGGCCGAUGGCGUCCUGAGUCUGGGAACUACAAUCCCCACGAUGCCUUGCGCUCCUCUGCUCUCACUUGGUCGCUGUAGGAGAGACGACAAUGGAGACCUCCCCCACAAUUCUUUGUGGUGGCUCAAGAUGGCCGUGUUCAGUGGUGCCGUGAGAGAUUCGGAAAACGGUAGCAGCGGCAGCGAUGGGGAGGAGCUGGCGCGGUCUCAGGAGGUGGCGAUACCGUCCUGGGACUUGAAGAAGGGCCUGCAGGGGCCAGAGAAACCAAGAAGUGGAGGUCCUGGAGAACAGAGCCAGGGCAGCCUCGGCACCUGGGAAGAAAGGUUGGUGUCUGGUGAUGCUGACUCUGCCCUUUGGAUCUUACACUUCUGCCUUUUCUUCACGUCCAUUCCUGGAGGCCCUGAGAAGGAAGCUUCUCCCCCGCCCUGCCACAAGCGACAGCCUUCCAGGUCCAGCAGCAGCGAGCACAGUGACGAGGAGCGGCAGAGGUGCUGGGAGGCAGCUGUGUCGGUAUCCGACAUCCUCUGGGAGUCAGCCAUCCACAGUCCUGUCAGGGAGGAGAAGGAGGCAAGAAAGAAAAGGAAGUCGGAAAAGAAAGCCAAGAAGGCGGCCAGCGUCCACUCGGCUGUAACCACCACUGUCACUACCAAUGGCGCUAUGGUCCAGAAGCAGGAGGAGUCAGGCAAGCCCAAUGGGGACCAGAUGCUGUUUGGGACCAAAAAGAAAAAAAGAAAGGAAAAGGCCAAGAAGGCCAGUGAGGCAUCUCUGUUCCCACCAGCAAAGAGCGCUGCAGCUGUACCUGCAAACUGACCAGCUGUGGGCACAGGGCCCAACUAAUUCUGAGGACAAGGUGCCCCUUGCGGAUGAGGCAUUUCCAAGCCCCACCUCCCUUCCUGAGUUCAAGGACUUGGCUGGCAAGACUGGCUCUGCCCACCAGACCCUGAUCAUCAUGGGGGCUUGCGCAAGAGUCAGGGCAAAGAAGUGGCUGGAGGGCAAGAAGCCUAAGCAAGGCUUGCUGCUCUGUGUCCUCACGGAGGGCUGCAGCACACCUGUGGUUCCAGAACAUUCCAUGGCCUCAGGAAGAAGGAGCCUUUCAGUUAUUCAAGACUAGUGACUACAUGGUGAAGCUUCUAUCUCUGCACAACUGUCAGGUGGACAGAGGAAAAAAGACCUUUCUCCUUCCCCGCCACCUCUUUAGCCUGCUCUAAGAAACAGCCUUGAGAAAAUGAGGGAAGGGGUCCCCAAGAUGCCAAGACGCAGAGAAACUUUUGUUCUUCUCCCCUUAGCCCAUGUAGAAUUGAUAGAACUGCCUGAAAAAAGGAGAGAGAAGUUUACCCCCUAAUUUUCCAACUUUUCUUUGUCUACAGCUGUGAAUAUACCAUACACGAUGAUGUCUCUGAGCCAAACCAGAUUACCGAAAAUAAGCUGCCGAGGGACCCAAAACAAAGCUUAGAGUGAUUUGGGCAUUGCCUCCCUGUCAGUGCUGAGCCUCGAGACAAUUUAAACGUCAUCCUCCUGCCUGCCUCCCCCGGGAUAUGUUCCUUCACCCCAGCUUCAAGGCUUCAGGAAGGCUUUAGCCCUUGUGGACUAGGGUAUUCUGCAAGACGGGGCAGAAGCUCCAGGUCAAGGUGGAAUCUGGCUUCAUUGCCUUCAUGGUUGGUUUCAACAGAGCAAGAGAAGCAAAGACGUGAGGUGGGCAAGUGUGUGCGCUGGGACCUGCCUCUCUCCGCAGCGUGC